AUCAAAAAAGCUAUCGACGUAUUUGUACAUCUCUGACAAACACGCCAGAAAAAUUUAAGCUUUGAGCUACCAAAUUUGUCAGUUUUCGAAGGAGUGAAGCCAAUUAGAGACGGAAAAUGUCCCAGAUAGAUAAUACGUUCAUCAGGCUGCGAGCUCGUCUCCGUGAGCGUAACAUCAAGUUGUGGGAGGAGCCGUACUACUUCGAGGGAGUCGGCAGUAUUGAGUCGGAGAUGGAUCGCCUGGCUGGGGAUUUGUGCGGUGACCUCGGAAUAAGCGUUUCCAAUUGCAGAUGUGCCCUCACUGAAUUGCAGGAUAGCGCCCUGAGGAAAUUGGCCGCCCGCAUGGAGUUCAAUCAAACGGGAUUGGCCACGUUUAAUGUGAGGUGCGUAGAUAGCAAGGGCGGCACUGCCCAAAUGAUGGACAUCAAGUGUCCUUUGAACGGUUUGGGCUCGGAUUUGCAAAAGGAAGUGGCUAAAAAGCUCAACGUGAGUGACUACAGUCACGUGAAGUGCAUAUCCGGAGGUCGCAUUAUUGAUGGUCUUAAGCCUUUGGCCAGCCAAGGCGUAAAAAAUAACCAGCAGAUCAUGGUGGUCGUGGGUGGACAACAACAAGGUGAGGAUCUCCAUGAGCGCAUCCAGCGCAUACGAGCCGAUGUCGAGGUCAUAGCUGCUGCCGAUGACCGAUUCAUGGAAAUGGAGGAUCAAGAUGGACGUCCCAUAUUUCUGCCACCAGAUGAGAAUCGUUCACUCUUGAUGGCCAUGGGACUUUGCGAGAAGGCCAGAGCCGCCAUGCGAAGGGAGCAAUUCGAUGAGGCCUUACUGCUUCUCCUUGAGGCCGAUGAACUCUUUUCGCGCUGUAACUCCAAAUUCUUAGAUGCAGUGGACAACUACGCCCUUUUGAACCUAGACAUUGUGUGGUGUUACCUAUGCCUCAAAAAUAUUACCCAACUUCCUGAUGCCCAGCGACGUUUGGAUAUUUGCGAGAAAAGUUUCCGGCGCAGCUAUGGCGAUCAAUUCGAUCGAUUGUACUCCAUCCGGGGCUCAAGUUGCCCUGAACGAGCCUUGAUCAUGAGGUUGCACCUUCUCCAAGGUGUCCUUUUCUUCCACCAAAAUCGAAGGGACGAGGCCUAUGAGAAGCUGGAAGAAGCGUCCAGGGCUUUGGAUGAAUUAAAAGUUAACGAUGAUCAUCUUUCGGCUCUGCUAGAAAUGGGCUAUGAGGAAAGCGAUGCCAGGUUAGCUCUACGGUCAACGGCCGGAAAUGUGGAUAGAGCCAUACAGUUUAUCCAAGAACGCAGGGAAAAAGUGAAGGCCGAACGCCGCAAUGCUGCUCCAGCAAGAAGGGUAAACCAAGAAAUGCGAGAGGCGAAUGCCGGCGGAGACUGGGUGGAUCCCAGAAGCGUUUGCCGCCUCAUGGAAAUGGGCUACGAGAGGGUGUUAAUAGUCGAGGCGUUGCGUCGCACCCAUAAUGAUCUAGACCAAAGCCUGGAACUCCUUCAGCGUCAUUCCAACGAUCUCAGAGCCAAUUUGCCAACCACUCCUGUGGCGGAUGAGACUCUACUUUCAACCCUUCAGCAACUUGGCUUUGAUCUGCCAUCCGCUCGAGCAGCUCUGGAAACCACUAGCAAUGAUUUCAAGAAAUCUGUUGAAUUUUUACUCAAGAGUUUCUCCAACGAGGAGGAAUUGCUAAGAGUAAUUUCUGCCAUGACAAAGCUAUUAGAAGAGUAUGCACCUUCGGGAUCCAACAGACCGAGCACCAAUUCAUCCAUUCCUGUUGUUAACUUGUCGAAUGAUAUGUUGUGCCUCAUUCAGUCGGUUUUGGGAAAGGCAAAAUUGGAAAUGGAGUCGUAUACCGCCUUUAAGAGAUUUCAUGAGGACUUGUCCGGCAAUCAUUUGGAGUACUUGGAUCUGCCGUUGAUUCAAGAGGAACAAAUCCUGAGCGAGUAUAGACAUCUAUUGGAGAGAUAGAGUAUCUUGGGAUUAAUUUUUGUCUAAUAUAUAAAAAUAUCCUAAACCUUCAAAAAAUACUUUAACAAUAAAUGUAAAUCAACUUCACAAAUAAAUAUAAUUUACAUUUACAAAUA